AUGGCGUCAACUUCAGCCUCGGCCAUCCCUCAUCAUCGGAUCAGGAACGUCUGCAUCUUAGCUCAUGUGGACCAUGGCAAGUCCAGCUAUGCAGACUCUCUCCUGGCUGCGAAUAACAUAAUUACCCCCAAGAUGGCCGGCAAGCUGCGUUACUUGGACUCGCGACCGGACGAACAGGAACGUGGGAUUACGAUGAAAUCAAGUGCCGUCUCUCUUUCAUAUGCCACUCUUCGGUUGGAUGGCGAUGGCGUAGAACAACUGGAACAAUUCAGGAUCAAUCUCAUCGAUACACCCGGUCAUGUCGAUUUCACAACCGAAGUUUCAACUGCUAGUCGUUUGUGUGAUGGCGCUUUGGUCUUGGUUGACGUGGUCGAAGGAGUUUGCACGCAAACCAUCUCGGUACUUCGGCAGGUUUGGAACGAACAACUAAAACCUAUUCUCGUAAUUAACAAAGUUGAUCGUCUGAUUGUCGAACUAAGGUUAUCACCUACUGAGGCCUACUAUCAUCUAGUUAGAUUAGUCGAACAGGUGAAUGCAAUCAUGGGAUCAUUCUUUUUUACCGAUCGGAUGGAACAAGAUCUCAGGUGGAGAGAGGCGGCUGAAAAAUCAGAACUGCAAUCCAGCUCAAUCCCCGAUAAACAAUUCACAGAGACCGACGAUAAGGAUAUCUACUUCGAUCCAACCAAGGGCGACGUGAUCUUCUCAUCUGCAAUCGACAAUUGGUCUUUCAAUAUCGCUAGCUUUGCCGCCAUGUGGUCAAAAAAACUCGGUAUCGAGCAAGCCAAACUUGAAAAGUGUCUAUGGGGCGAUUUCUUUUUCGAUCCCAAGUCCAAAAAGGUUUUAAACAAGAAGCAAGCCAGCCAAAAAGGUACACUCAAACCAAUGUUUGUUCAGUUCGUACUUGAUAACCUAUGGGCGGUUUACGAUUCUGUCGUCCUCAAUCCGGAUGCUAUGAAAACUGAAAAGAUUAUCCAGAGUCUGGGUCUGAAGAUUAGACUUCAAGAUCUCAGGUCGAAGGACUCCAAAAAUCUGUUGCUCGCGAUUUGUUCGCAGUGGCUUCCGAUAUCAAACACCACCUUUCGCACGAUCGUUGCCAAAGUUCCUGAUCCGAUCACCUCUCAAUCUACACGGCUCCCGAAAAUGCUAUAUCCUUACCUUCCGGACUUGACCCAAGCUCUCCCUCACAGCAACAUCGAACGCGACCUCUACGCAGGCAAAUCAGACGAUUCCAGCCAUAUUGUCAUUUAUGUCAGUAAGAUGUUUGCCGUACCAAUCAGCGAAUUGCCCCAGUUUCAGCGGAAACAGCUCACCGCUGAAGAAAUGAGGGAAAUGGGCAGAGCUGCUCGGGUUCGCACCCAAGCUGCUCAUGACGCUGUCCCCCUGGACAUCACAGCUUCAGCAAAAAUCGUCGAUGAGGCUGCUCCCGUUCCUGAACCACGUUCUGAAUUGCCAUCGACAAGCCCUACUCCUCCUCCUGAUGGAGAAUUGACUCAGCCAGAAGAACCGGCAAAUGUGGCGGAGGAACCUCCCCCUGAAGAAGGAGAAGCUCUGAUAGGAUUUGCUCGAAUAUACUCCGGUACAGUCAAAGUCAACCAGAAAUUAACAUGCGUCCUACCCAAGUACAAUUCGAAAAAUUCUACAGAAGCUAGCGCUGCUCAUUUCAAGUCAGUAACCAUCGAAAACCUUUACAUCAUCAUGGGAAGGUCUUUGGUCGAGACAUCAGAAGUCAGAGCUGGACACGUGUUUGGUAUCGGUGGUCUUGCUGGUAAGGUUCUGAGGAACGCGACGCUGUGUGGACCACCGGCUUCCAAGGGAAAUGACGAUGAGGCGAAUAUUCAAUUGUCUGAGCUAAUCAACUUGGCCGGGGUCCAACUUACGUCCGCACCGAUCGUCCGUGUUUCACUCGAACCCAAACAACCUUCAGACAUGCCUAAACUAGUAGAAGGAUUAAAACUGCUGAAUCAGUCUGAUCCCUGUGUCGAAACUCUGAUUCAAGACACCGGUGAGCAUGUUAUCUUAACCGCGGGUGAACUGCAUCUAGAGCGAUGCUUAAGAGAUCUGAGGGAAAGGUUUGCAAAAAUCCGGAUUCAAGCUUCCAAACCGAUCGUACCGUUUCGUGAGACUGCUGUUCGUGGCGUUGACAUGCCACCCCCUAAGACUAAAGACCAACCUCGAGGCACGAUCAGUGGCUCUGUAUUGGGCGGCUUGAUUUCGUUUACUGUUCGCGCUAUCCCCUUGCCUGAAACGAUCACGAAUUAUUUAGCCAAGCAUCCCGACAUGAUGAGAAAGAUUUCCUUGCGUCAGGAGCGCAAGCUUAAUCCAAUGACCAGUAUGUCCGACUCGGCGGGUGCUGAACUUUCCUCAAACAACAAGGAUUCAGAAGCUUUGAUGAACGAGGCUCAGGAUGAGCAGAACGCCGAUAUUGGACAAGCUUCGAAUGAUUAUGAUUCUGCCUUUUGGGCCGGUCUGGAAGACGUUUGCAAAAGUUCUACGAAUGCGCCUGGAAACGAGAUCGAUGUCACAAAAUUGGUAGAUUCGAUUUGGGCCUUUGGGCCCAAAAGGAGUGGCCCAAAUCUGCUAUUAGACAAACUUCCCGGAUCAAUACGAUCGUUAAGAAAGCCUGACAAAUCCAAUUCUCGGCCGGUGGUAAAAGACCUGGAGGAAGGGUCCAAGUCAGAUCACACAAUCGAGAGUGAUUCAACCCAGUUGAUAUCGAUCAGGGACUUUGAUGAUUCCAUCGAAACCGCCUUCCAACUGGCUACCUUCAAAGGACCUUUAUGCGCUGAGCCGAUGUCAGGAAUGUGUUUCUCAAUCGAGGCAUUAGACAUUGAUAGUAAUGAUCUACCGGCAUCGGUGGAAACCAUUCGCUCGAAAUGGUCGCAACUUACGGGAGAAUUGAUUUCAUCGGCACAGGAAGCUUUCAGAAGUGCCUUCCUUGAUUGGUCCCCUCGAUUAAUGUUGGCAAUGUAUACUUGUGAGAUUCAAGCAACCACCGAAGUGUUAGGAAAAGUGUAUGGAGUAAUCGCCCGAAGAAAAGGGAUCAUCAAAUCCGAAGAGAUCAAAGAUGGGACGACGUUCUAUACGAUUGGGGCGAAAUUGCCGAUCAUCGAAUCCUUCGGUUUCAAUGAUGAAUUGAUGAAGAAAACAUCGGGGAUCGCUCUACCUCAACUGAUCUUUGACGGAUUUGAAAUCUUGUUUGAUCAGGAUCCAUUCUGGAUCCCUAAAACUGAGGAAGAAUUAGAAGACUUUGGCUCGAUUGCUGAUAAAGAAAACUUAGCCAGAAAGUAUAUGGAUCAAGUUAGAAAGCGUAAAGGAAUGUUUGUUGAGAAGAAAAUUGUUCAACAUGCAGAAAAACAGAGAACUAUGAAGCGAUAA